AUGGGGCCUGGUCGAACAGUAACGGGCAACAACAGCGCGCCCCUGGGUAACACGUACCAGGCCAAUGGGCAACAACAGGUUGGGCGACACCAGGCCCGACCAUCUCCAACAUCAAACUUGUCAAAUUUUAGAACACCUGUUUUAAAAGGGAUCGACGCUGUGCCAACUAUUCUACUUCACAUCGGUCUUGUUCAAUAUUGUGUAUCAGACGGAUUCGUCCACGCGCACACUGAUGGAACCGUGUUCUUGGAACGAGGCCAUCGUGGGAUUGUACCGUGUCCUCUCGUCAAAUCUCACCAAAUCCCGCCACGUGACGUCGACGCGAUGUACUGGCACUAUGACACCAUCAGCGGGACAUCCCUGCUCAUCUCGUACUUCUUGGGAAGAGUGGCUCCCCAAAACGGGAUCCCAGAGGGCGUCUAUGAUAUCGACAAUGAGUUCAAUCUCAUCAUUGAGAACGUCAACGCCUCCAAUGAGGGAACCUACUACUUUCAGUUGAAACCGCAUUUGAAAAUGAUAGAAGAGGGAAAGGUCGAAGUUCGAGAUAAAGUUUCCCCAAGUCGUCCAUAUCCUACCGUCAUCGGCUGCAAUCAAGACCACGAUGCAGACAUGUGCGAGGCUUGACGUAUAUAACUUCAGCAUCAAUCCAAGUUCCUUCAGGAGACGAUGAUGCGGAAUACGUGUGCGAGGCAGUGGGUGUUGCUGUGGGAAACAGAACUCACACGAGGGUACGCCUUACCAAAACGGCAACUGAUGGCACACCGGCAAUUUAUGUCACAAUAGCAACUCGUGACAUGACGGCAACUCAUGAAAAUACUGGCACAACGGAGGCUGACAAAGUACUAACGAAUGACCACGAUCCAAUCCAGACAAGUGUCGGCGUGAAUGUGUCAUUGGUGAUGUCUUCAGUCUCGCUCAUGUGUAGUCUUGUCAUCAUUCCAUACAUGGUAAAUAUUCAUUUGUUCCGUGCUCAUUUGUGUGAGUUUGACAGAAACAUCCAAAACUUAACAACAAAAACAGAUAUUAGAAUAAUAGACUACAGGUAAAAGAACAUAAUUCAGGUUGUAUUUUAAAGAAAAAUUGUAAUCCAAAAAUAACGGGCUUGCUAAUGUGUAAAAGUUAUGAACUUGAACGCUGUCAAAGUGGCUCCAUCUGGGUAGUUCAUCAGCUUUUUAUUGAUGUCUUAUUUGCAUCUCUUUAGUCAUGGAUGACACGAGCACCAUUGAUUUCAAAACAAAGACAAAUUGAACUCUGUUUCCAGAGUUUGCCGAAUAAGUGGUAAGUUAAAGCUCACAGUGGACAGUGCGUUAAAAGAUGCAUGUGCAGGUGGUGGUAAAUAAAAUGAUAAAUAGUACUGUUGCCCAUGAAAGAUUUACCAUUUUAGGGGAAGGGAUCAGGAGAGGCGAUUUUUUGCCAACAGUUGGAGAAACCAUC